UGACAGUUUGGUUAGGAAAUGAUCACUGAUAUAUACUAGAGUUUACAUUUCAGGUUAUGGUUAGGACGAGAAAUUCAAAUUAAUUGGUGUGUGUUUAUUUAUGACCUGGUUUUAUAUUUUAAUGUAAUAAAAGUCUAUGGUUUAUUCAAAAUUAAAUGUUACAAGCCUAUUUCAUACACAUUCUGUAUGAAAAUCAAAACUAAAAACAAGUAGGGACGCUGGAAGAAAUGAGGGCAUAGUUUCAAAGUUCUGAUAAUGCUUCGCUUCAUACAAAGUUAGUUAUCUCAGAUGAUUAUUGUGAGUCAUAUUGUGAAGAAGACCAAUAAGUGGACGUGUAAAGUGUGUGGGGAAAAGCAAACAGUAAAGAAGGUAUAUGGACGAGGUUCGGGCAAAGACUGCAGAGUACACACCCAGAAGUUAAAUGGCCUCAAGGGAGAAAAAGAACAAAGCCAGAUAGAACAACAAUGGGAGGAAGUGACAGAAGACAUUCCUGAAAACUCUCAAAACAAACAAACCUCCUCAUUUUCAAAAGGCAAACCCACUUCGUCAAAAACUAGUAAGUGGUCCGAAUAUGUGGAUGAUGUAAAAAUAAAUAAUGAAAACCAAAAUUACUAUGAAAGUAAAAAUUUGGAUCAUACUUAUGCGACUAACAUUAUACCUUUUGACAGCAAUGUAAAUGUUAAAAGAAAAUACUUUGAAACAAAUGUGGUAGAAGAGGAUCCUUACAAUGUUGAUUUUAAUGAAUUAGUGACAAGUGACUACUCAGGUUUCUCCUGUCCUGGACAAUUUGGAAGUGCAAAGAAAAUAAAGGAAAACACUUAUAACUGUGCUCAAAAUGACAAUUAUUUUGUACAACAAGACUAUAGCGUUGAGUUGUGUGAAGAUGGUAGUACAGGAAGUAAUAGCCAGUUUAGUGUUAUGUCUGCAGAACCAGUAAAUUCAGAUGCUCAAAACGAAUUUAGCAAGUGGGCCAAAUAUCUCGGUGAUGAACUAGUUGAAGAUGAGCAAUAUAAUCACGAGGACCUGCUAGUUCUUUGAGAGAAUAAGCUUUGGAUCAACAACAGUAAAAUAUAGUUUUCUGAAAUAUUUUACAUAAAAAAAGUCACAGUAGACUAAACCAACAGUUUUUAUCAGGUUUCCUCAAUCAUAAAUAGUUCAUUUGAAUGGUUUGAAUCCGAAUUUCUCUCGCUGCAUUUUCCUUCCGAAAUCAGCUUGUCACUUGCUUUUUAUAUUAAUACCCAUUUGGUUUUUUAGCAGUUGAAAUCUUCAAGAUCUAGAAUUUGAAAAAGGGAAGAAAAUGUGAGUCUUUCAAAGUUAAACAAAAAUAUCCUUGAAGAGUUCCAAAAUACCUGGGAACCUACCAACCUGUAUUGGGAAAUUUCAUCAAUCCUUACUCGAUUGUCAAAGAUAUAAACACAUUAUUUUGGGUUUACCAAAGAAAAUGCAUUUUACAUGCUUAUAGAAUAUGAAAUUUCCUAAAAAUGUUAACUGUAAUAUCUUUUGUCCAAUGUCAAUCAUUAUAUAGAAAUAUUUUUUAAUGAAAAUAAUAAUUUGUUGAAAAAACUGAAUUGUUCAUUAUCAUGCUUGUUAUAGUUCAAUAUGAUAAUACACAAUAAAAACAAACGUUUUGUAUGCCUGUUCCUUAAUAAGGAUAUGAGUUAAACCAUUCACUUUCAUUUAGACUUUUAAACUGAAAAACAGAUAAAUAUUUAAAUUAAAUUCAUUUGUGUCUAGUAAUACCCACCUAAUAUUUCAAAAUUCAAUAUUACCUAGCAAUUCUUUAAGUGAAUAUGCUGGUAUCCCUGGUAAAUAGUUCUUGAGUUUUCUACUAAAUUUUCAAAUCAAGUUCAAAAUGGAUACUAUUAUAUUAUAUAACUUUAUAUUGUAAAAUUCUGUAACAUUAAGAAUUUUUUAUGUAUAUACUAUAUUAAGAAAUAAAAAAAACUGUUGUAUUAAUAAUAUAGUAUGUAGAGAAAUUAAAAUGGUAUUGAAUUAAUCAUGUACUGUAUUGCGUGUUGGGAAAUUAAAAUGGUAUUGAAUGAA